UCACACCUAAAAACCUCCCGUGUGUGUCAGUAUAGACAAGAGACACGGGUGCGUGAGAUGAUACUGGACUCGCCACUUCUCUCUGUUCUCUCAUCUCUCUUACUUCUCUUGUGUCAGGCAGAGGUGCAGUUGUCUUGCUCACAGCAUGAGAGAUGUCAGAUGUUGUGCUCCUGCAAGGGUCACCUGCCUCCACCACCUCCACCACCACCACCACCACCACGCAUGUUACUCACUGCGGAUCCAGGGAUUUCUGUUCCUCUGUUGAGGUCUUGGUGGAUGGACGUUAUUGUUCUUGGGACUAUAGGAAGUGCUUUGACUCUCUUUCUUUUGUUCUCUAUCAUAAUCUGCUACAAAGCCAUUAAAAGGAAAACAUGAGGUCCCAUGAGUCCUUCACAAAGACUGCAAUGAAAGAUCCGUCACACAUCUGACAGUCUGAUGUCUCUGCUGGUCAAUUGGAUGAGAUGUGUUCUUGAGAAAGAACAAACCGACCCAGUAACUCUC